CCCUUGCCGAUGGUCUCGUCUUUUGCUCUGUGCUAUACGCUACAGCCAUUUCUCAACGCGCAAUCUAUAUUAAGUGAAGAAAGCUUACGCGCAGUUAGUAGUGACCGAGGCAUUUUGCGUGUGGACUUGAUGGCUUGCAGUAGGCAGCUUUACCGUGAAAAGUUAAACUUCAAUAGACACGUGAAGCUCUCAUUUGCUCAAUGCGCUUAUUGACUUUUCAAACCGAUCCUCUUCGGGAUAUCGCUAGCAACGUGUAGUUCUGCUGUUGUUGCUGUUCCCUCUAGAAAAGAUUGUUUUCCUGAACUACUUCAUUUAAGACAUAAACGAAUGUUUAGCUUCGUUCUUUCUUUGGUGCUCACAUGUUGUCUCAGUUGCAAAUAGGUUCAUCUGUAGUGAUGGUGUAGUUCAGGGUUAAUGUUGCGGUCUUUGAGUUCGAUAAGGCACACAGUUGCCUAACACGAAGAUCCUUUUUUAUCGCUAUCUAAAUAAUUACCUGCAAAGCGUUGCAAUUGACUCAAAACACUACCUGCUACAGAGGCGUGCCACUAUUUCGGAAGUUGGUCGUUCGAAUUCAAUAUGUAUAUUCGUAUUUGCCUUUUGCUCGCCGGAGUGCUUAGCCUAGUCCUUGGCCCGUGCGGCGUAAGUGGUCAAGGGGGUUCGCGACCUUUCAAUCAGGCAUUGCAAAGUCUUGGCUCGGGCAUUUCAAAUGCUUUGCAAACUCCCGGACAAGCACUGGCAUCGUACUUUCCACAGGGUCUAGGCGGUUUAUUUCCUUUCAGUAUUGCCAACUUGCCUUCGCUACCACCAAUUCGAUUUCCUGAACGAUUACCUCAAAUGAUGAUCAAUGGACUCCGUAAUGCGACACAAAUUAUUCGUACUUCUUUGCUGAGUCCGGCUGGGAGCACAGUAGCUGUUUUUGCCGCCCCUUUGGUUCCACUUAUGGCAAUGGGGGGUCCAGCCAGUCUCGCUGGAAUGCAUCACUCUAUGCAUAUGGGCUUUAACGGCCGUCGAAACUACCGCAACGCUGCGUAUGAGACACAAAGCAGGCGAAGACGCAGCACUGAACACUUGCAGUACCUAGCCCGGAUAUACUACCACAGAAUGAGGAUUUAAGCUUUCGGUCAGCCAAUAGU